UAGCAGGGUACUACCAUCUUCAGGACAGAGAAACCACAGGACUCUAGGAGACCACAGUCCUGAUUUGAGGAGCCCGACUUGCCUGGGCCAGACAGUUGCUCAGCUGGUUCAUCUCAUCAGUCUGAAUUGGUGAAACUGAAUCAACAAGAGAUAUUUCCAGGUUUGCUGGGAUGGGAAACCUGCUCAAAGUCCUUACCAGGGAAAUUGAAAACUAUCCACAUUUUUUCCUGGAUUUUGAAAAUGCUCAGCCUACAGAAGGAGAAAGAGAAAUCUGGAACCAAAUCAGUGCCGUCCUUCAGGAUUCUGAGAGCAUCCUCGCAGACCUGCAGGCCUACAAAGGCGCGGGACCAGAGAUCCGAGAUGCAAUUCAAAACCCCAAUGACAUUCACCUUCAAGAAAAAGCUUGGAAUGCGGUGUGCCCUCUAGUUGUGAGGCUAAAGAGAUUUUACGAGUUUUCCAUAAGACUAGAAAAAGCUCUUCAGAGUUUAUUGGAAUCUUUGACCUGUCCGCCCUACACACCAACCCAACACCUGGAAAGGGAGCAGGCCCUGGCAAAGGAGUUUGCGGAAAUUUUACAUUUCACCCUUCGAUUUGACGAAUUAAAGAUGAGGAACCCGGCUAUUCAGAAUGACUUCAGCUACUACAGAAGAACAAUAAGUCGCAAUCGCAUCAACAACAUGCACCUAGACAUUGAGAAUGAAGUCAAUAAUGAGAUGGCCAAUCGAAUGUCUCUCUUCUAUGCAGAAGCCACACCCAUGCUGAAAACCCUUAGCAAUGCCACAAUGCACUUUGUCUCUGAAAACAAAACCCUGCCAAUAGAGAAUACCACAGACUGCCUCAGUACGAUGACAAGUGUCUGUAAAGUCAUGCUGGAAACUCCGGAGUACAGGAGUAGGUUUACAAGUGAAGAAACACUGAUGUUCUGCAUGAGGGUGAUGGUGGGGGUCAUCAUCCUCUAUGACCACGUGCACCCUGUGGGAGCUUUCUGCAAGACGUCCAAGAUCGAUAUGAAAGGCUGCAUAAAGGUUUUGAAGGAACAGGCCCCGGACAGUGUGGAGGGACUGCUGAAUGCCCUCAGGUUCACUACAAAGCACUUGAAUGAUGAAUCGACUUCCAAACAGAUUCGAGCGAUGCUUCAGUAGAGCUCUGCUCAAAGAAGAGGAUCUAUGUGCUGACCUCAGAAGAUGUAUAUGUUUACAUAAUUUAAUACAGAUUGAUGUUAAUACUUGUGUAUUUACAUAACCGUUUCCUUCUUGUCACCGAAAUAUAUGGACCUUAAUUUGUAUCCUGACUGACUCAACCCAGCAGAGCAUAAAUUGACUUGAGAGCCUUACCUUUGAUGUCUGAAACGAAAACCCCUUCUCCAAAGGCAAAAUUUGGAGACUUUGAUCUUUGCUACUGGAGUCCUUUAAUGACACCUGUAACAAUCAGAAAUUCCUAAUAGUUUGUAGUAGUGUUUUAAUUCUAGGUGUGUUAUCUCUCUGGGAAUUAUAGUUUGUAGAAAUACAAAGUAUUUGAUUUCCUGUGUCGGCUCAGCUACAAGAAAUGCAACUGCUAUCCUGACAGAGGGAGAGAGGAAUCCAAGAAAAAUGCAUGUGGAGAAUCAAACCCAAGUGUCUUGAAUUCAGCACGCCCCCUCUCUGUCCUCAGACUGCAAAUCACACAUGCAACUUUUCUGUUUCCACGUGUUUUAUUAAUCAGCAUAUUCCCUUUCUGUCUGUAUUUAUAUACACCCCCAACUUUCCCUUUUAAUUUUACAAGAGAAAAAUCACCUGUAUUCAUCAGUUAGUGGGAGAACAACUGGAAUAGAUAAAUGGAUGUGCUGUUGCUGCUAGACUGAUGAAGGUGGUCGUCUUGGAAGUGGGGGACAGGUUCACAGGGGGGUACCCAAGCAGCAGGACAGCCAUCUCUCUGCUUCAGCCCUCACCCUCUGAGGACAGGAAAAUGGAGCUCUGGCUGUGAAAUUGUAGGUAAGUUUGCCAACCUUCCACAUUCCUGUGGAGUGCUGGGUGUAUGGCUCCUCCUAAUAGGAGUCCUGUUCUCUGUAGAUCAUUUAUAUAGGAACAGAGGUCUAGGGUACUUCAUUACCAGAAAACUAAAAGGAAUUUAGAGAGGAAAAAAAUCCAUGUUUUCUGGUUCCCUGGUAUUUAAAAGGUAGCUCCUUCCCAACCCCACUGCUAGCUUGCUACAGUAAAAAAUCUCUGGUUUGGCACCUGGAUUUACCCCUAGCUCUACUAGCGAUUCAUAAUGUGAUCUUGGGGAAUUUGUUUAAGCUCUGUGAGUCUGAAUGUCCCUAUCUGUGUAAUAGGCAGUUAAAACAGACAAUCUUCAGGAGGUCUAAGAGCUGACAAAAUGACUGACUCCACCCUUCUUCCUUAGUAAGUAGUCCAGUGAGCAUCACCCCACCUUAUCCUGUUGAUUAACAAUGUUACAUGAUCUGCAGUCUUUCUGUCUGUAGAUCAGAGCUUAGUUAGAAAGGAAUCUUGAAAAUCUUCUAUUCUGACCCCCAGUGAAAAAAUAAGACCCAGAGGAUAUCGUCAUACACGAUGCCUUCUUGUGGGAUUAAACCCCAGGAUGCUUCACUCCUGACUCCAUGCUCUUUUUUUUUUUUUUUUAACCAUACGGCCUAUGAACACACUCUAUAAGAUGGGACUUGACACUUUUAAAUAAAUUUCCAGUCUGGCCUAUAUUCUUACUUGCCUGUUUCCACUAGAAUAAAAGAGUCAUCCAGACAAUUAGUGAAUGAUAAUCCUGGAAGCUGGGUCUGGGCACAUCAGGGUUUGGCAUAAUUUAUAACAUCCCAAGGAAUGAGUUAUAAGACGUCAUUGCUUUCUGGACUUUAGUGUCAACUGAUACUGCCUUGGGUCUCUAAGAAAAGGAGAGAAGUACUUGUUUUAUUUUGUUUUAACAAAGAGAUGCAGUCAAGGGGCAGAAAAGAUUUUCUGGUCUAUAUCUAAACAUCAGUCAACAGAGAAAGGAAAAACUCUUUUUCUUGGAGAUUUUUAAGUUGAAUAGGUACAGCUGCUUGGAUGGAGGGUCUCUCAUCAGAAAAGAAAUAUGCAAGAUGGCUUUCAAUACCUUUUCCAACCUAGAGAUUUUUAAAUCCUAGAGGAAGUCAGAAAAUGUGGUCACAAAAGGUGAGCAAAAUCAUUAAAUAUUCAGCUAAGAAAUGUUCUAUUUGGCAGGCACGUGUUAUGCUUAAGCAACGAUUGUCAGGACUAGAAAUACAGAAGCACACAAUGUUUUUUGGGUCCAUUUUUUUUCCUUUAUCAGGUGAGGAGAUGAAGGAUUGAAGAAAGGAAAAGGACUUGCCAGCCACCAAAGGGCUCUUGAGGCACUUGAACCUAAGACGUGUCUAUACCACAGCUGCCUCUCAGCUGUCUAAAGAAGAAAAUGUUAGGGAUUAUCUGUCAAAUUAUAUUUAUCUCAGAGUAAACAGUUGAGCACAUUUAUAAUUUUAGAGUUUCUGUCAAAUGGGAUCAAGCAUGUGGGAAGGGCUGCUGGCCUGCCCUAAUUUAGCCAGACCACCUUGUCUUGAAGCCAAGAUUCAGCAGUACAUGGAUUCUGAAAAGCCCAGGGUCUGAAUUGUUGCCUCUGAUUAUUGGGAGGACAGGUUAACUGAAUGUCUGUGAUCACUAACAGUUGAUGGGCCUUGGGUCCACACCAGAGCUAUUGUGGGAGACAAAUUCUUUUAACAGAAUGUCCCCCAGGCAUCAGGAAUCCUUGAACAAUCACAGGGUUUUUUUCUUCUGUGCUGCAUGCACAUGUGUCCAAGACUUAUGGGUGGUUUAGGGGAAAGUACUAGCCACAGUGUUGACGUCAUUGUUAACUAUAUUUCAUAUUUGAGGUCUCAUUGUUUUCAAAUAAACAGUGUUUUCCAUGGCUCAGAUAUUUAUUUUUGGGCAAACAACAAGGUAAAAAUUAUGUUUCUCAGAUACAUUGCUACUUGGGGAUUAUAACUCUGUUCUCAGAAACCUUUCAUAUGCCACCAAGAAUUGGUAGUAAAAAACAAGUGAAAAUGAAUGUUUUGAACUGUGCUGACCCAAUAGGGCUGGAGUAUUAACAACCAGAAGGAAAGAUUUGAAUAUUACCUUUUAACUAUGAGUUAAUAUCAUGUUUGAUCAACAUUUGCUCCCAGUCAUCACCAUGAUAUCAAGACAUUAAUGAUAAACUGAGGUUUCUGAUGCAUAAUCACAUUUAAGUAAAAAUAAUUUCAUACUAUCCCAAAAGAAAAAUAAAUCUUAUGCAAUGUUAGGAUUCAAUUGUGCAGUAGAAUUCAGAGACUUCUUAUUCAGUUUUGUAUUCUAGACAGCUACAAUUUUGUAAUGUUAAUAAUAAACCCUGAAAUUUUAUCUUAAAGAACCCAAAACUUUGGAACCCCAUUUUCCCACUACAUCUAUUAACAUAAAGGCUGUUGCAUAUACCAAGUCACUUUAAAAAUUGUCAUAUGUUGUUUGCUGAAGUCACUGUAAUUUUUUUUUUUUUUUUUGCUUGCUUUGCCUUUUUUUGUACAGAAGUUUUAAGUGUGAAAUGAAAAUUAAAGUUUGGUACAUAUAU